GCGACGGUCUUUUCUUGUACUUCCCGACGACCAUGGCCUCAUCUUGAACAGUUUAUUUUCUUUCAAAGACAGCCCUCGUAUAAUACUGGUGCCAUGGAAGGUGCCGGUAGCUCCUAUCUUUAUACCGGGGGUCAUCAAGGAAACCCUGGUGUCGUCCAGGAAUUCGUCAAUGAAACCUUUGCCACCAGCAAUGAACCGUCUACAAGGUCCGAGCUUCUAACGUCGCCGUCGCAAGAGACGGGUGCCGUUCAGCGCCACAGGCGACGACGAAAUGGACCGUCCGAACGAUUUCGUAGAGAGCGCGAGCUAAUCCAUGGCCAAGCAUCCCACCAACAGCUGCUACGUCUUUUAAUCAAUCAAGAGUACGAGGCGAACAAGAUGCGCAAGGCUAUGGUCGUUGUACUGGAACGACUCGAGCAGGAAACGCAGCGUGCAUCUGCUGCUGAGGAGUUUUCAGCGCAACUCGUUCAACGAUUUCAGUUAUUGAACGAAGGUCGAUUGAAGAUGCAUGAGGAGCUCAUCGAGGCCAAGAAGCAGCUGGAAAUGUACCGUAUCCAGUAUAACCAUGCUCGGUCGGAGAUUAAGAGGGGAGAAGAGGUGUUGGAGACGGUGUCUGGCCAGCUGCAGAAUGCAGAGAGAGACGCUGUACGUGCACGGUCGCAAUGCCCACAAGACAGGAAGCAGAAGCGUGCUGUGCUCGAGGCUUUGAUAGAGGGCAGACGAAUGGGUAUGUUGUCGGGAUAUGCCCAAGCUCAGCGGGAGAUCGGAGAAUUCAGGCCGCCUCAAAUUGCGGGCACUGAAGAAUACGAAUCUGAAGAGGAGGAGGAAGAAGAGUUCGAGGAGGAAGAAGAAGAGGACGAGUACGAGGAACCACCACAGCAAGCAGUACCCAGGACCGAUACCGCAUCUUCGUAUUAUGUCGUCCCAGCGCCACCACAACCUGUUGUAUAUGCCGCGCCUCCAACAGUUCCUUCUACUCAUACAGUAUCUCCAACUGGUACAGAAGAACCACUCCCACCUCCUUCGCCUUCUGUUCGCGAAUUCCAUGUCGAAGUUCCUCCUGCGGAAUAUCCACCGUCUUACCAUCAUCCUCAGUAUGCCAGUGCUCCCGAUAACUUCAUACCAACAUUGGACGCCAGUGGUACCAUCAGCAUGCCUCCCCCGCAUGAGUGGAAUAGCUCAAUGCGAGCAGCGUCCCCACAACCAGAACCAGACAAGAAGGGCAAGGGUAAAGCGAGGAACGACGAUAAUUUCUCUGAAUACAGCUAUACAGCCCCGGGCCAAACGACCUCUUUUAAUGCAUCGGUAGACACCUUGACCUGGUCUAGGGAUCUUGGAACCCGAUGGUAGGGGGCAAAUUUGGGAACCUGGACCCGAUAAGAGAGAGCUCGGCGAGCCUCGACUGAUGUACCACUUCCUCCAGUGCAAGGACGCCCAUCUUCUGUGCAAUCUCAUCUGAAGAGCCCCAACAUCACCUCAGCUGGGAAUAGUCCGCCUGUGGGCAUCAGUGUCCAGACUCCGGUAAUUUUGAUGGUCAACAUGUAGCAUUCGUUUUUCUAAUUUUCAUUAGUCUUCGCAUACGCCCUCAUCUGCAAAAAGGACCUGCUAGUCGAAGACAAGAGAGUUUUUCUAACGAUAGACCGCCCUCCCGACAACACCCAUUACCUCCCCAUGACCAGGUUCAGCUUUCGCCUAAUCACGAAUGGGACCAAACGGCGCCAAACUGGGCCCCAGCGAGGCCUCCCUCCUCUCAAUCUCAACAACCACAAGGCCGGCCUUCAUCUGCAUAUUCUAAUCCUACAUGGCAG